GUCCGAACUGAGUCUUAGCUUUUUAGCGCCAUGGAAACAUGAAUAAAAAAAUAAAAAUGGAAGCUGAAUGACAAAGUAGUAAGAAAAGUUGGAUGUAAAUGUAGUAUCAAAUGGAUCAUGUGGCAACAUCUAGGACGAAAACAAAAAAAACCCCAUUAGAAGUAAUUUCAUUGAGAAGAGACGUUCAUAAAUAUCACACACUUUAUGAAAAACAGAAGGAGUAUUAUGAAGAUAAGAUUGAAAAGCUGUGUGAACUAUCUAUUCAGUACAGAAAUCUAGAGGAAAGAUUCAAUGUUCAAGAGAAGGAAGUUGAUGUUUUACGUACUGAAAAAGAUAAGCUUUUAAUGUCCAUACAGUUAAAAGAAAAAGAAAACAUGAAGAAAAGUUUUGAACUGGAUGCUCUGGUGAAGAACUAUCAAGAAUUGUCUCAAGCUAUGCAGCAAUUGGAUAGGCAUGUCCAGUUCCUGCAGAAAGGGCAAAAUGGAGUGUCAGGCAACGCUGAUUCUCCAGAAGGAUCAGUUGAGAAUCCACCAAACUACUAUUUUAAAAAGAUUAGUGAAAUACUUGGCAAAAAUGAUUUUCUUAACACAAAUAAUUGUAAACCAGAACUUAGAAAUGCACUAAAUGAGUUCCCAUCAAUGGACAAUGUCUUCACCACAGCAGAGAAAAUGCUGGCCAGUAGGGACAAAAUACAGGAUACAGGCACACUGAAUUCUUCCUUACAAACAGAGAAAGACAGACUUUCUAGACUGCUUAAUAACCCCAAGUUACAGGUUGGAUAUGCUCAACAGAUGAUCAACACAGAUAAUAAUAAUUUGACUACACAGUCAAGCGAAUCAGAUACUAGUGAGAAAUCAGACAGUGCAAGCUCAGAUGGUCCUGCCCCUGGAGUUGACAGCAACAGUAUGUCAGAGCAGCUGAAAAAGAAGCUCCAGCUCUGCGAGACGUACCUGAAAAAGGAAAAAGAAAUCAACAUGGUCUACAAGAACAAGAUGACCAAACUGGUGGAGAAACUGCAAGCAGACGUCAAGUCAUCCCAAGUCAACCUGGAGAAAGUCAAGUCGGAGGAGACGGGCAUCAAAGCACAAGCUGAGCAGCUGGAGAAAGAGAAGGAGAAUCUUCAGAGGGAGUUACAUUCAACAGUCUCCAUGCUGGAGUCUCAGAAUGAAGCCAUCCAAAAGCUCUUAUCUCAAAAUAAUGAGGUUGUCUCCCAAAGUCAGAACAGUAAAAGUCAGAUCAAACUUCUGAAGGAGAAGAACAGAGUCCUGGAGGACAUGAUGCAGAUACGCAGCUUGCUGUAUGAGGAUAAAAUAAAGCAGUUGGAGCAGUCCAAAACUAAAAAGAGCUUGGUCUCAAGAGCUAUUCAGACUGCUGAACUCAAUAAUAGAUUGAAUCAUCAUAGAAACAGUACUAAGUCACAACCCAAGAAAGACAACUUCUCCUCCUAUUUCCAGUCUCUUCAGCAUGUUUCAAAGUAUGAGUUGGUGCUGAGGAUUCAGGACUUGUUAAAAAAACUAAUUGACAAGUCUGAGGUGGUGACCCGUUUUGAAAAACUACUGAAGCAGAAGUGCGCUAUUUUAAGGAAUAUUUUGGUCCAGGCUGCCCAGUGCACCUCCUGUCCUGCAUCAAAGGAAGAACACGCCCCCCAGAAAGUUCAGGCUAGAAGUGCAGACAGUAACAUGAACAAGCAGCAGUGUACUAAAACAAGAGACCAGAAGCCACCACAUCACCCUAGUAAAGAGAGGCCACAGCGGACUCGUGAGAACUUUUCUCUGAAAGAAAUCAGCCAGGCUUUAAACCUCAAUCCUGAUGACUUGUCCAGAGCUUUGGAGCUCCAUAAAAAACAGGAAGGGCCUGCUCGCCCCAGGAGGAGGAGAAGGCCACCCCACCUAGAGACGCCGGUCUCAGAAAAACAGCCAGAAUUUAUCAGCGUGGAUCCAGAACUUUGUGGCGCUGGAAAACAUCAUGAUCGAGGUGAAGCUCCAGUUGAGAGACCCACGCCAAAGGCUGCCAAGAGGUGCUGCAAGUGUCCCCAUAUGUGUAACAAUGGAUGCAUGUAUGAAAACAAUUCAUCGGAGAAGAUCUCAGAUCAGGCUCAAGGGAUGAGGGUGAGAGGGCUGAAGCAGGAUGUGCUGAGGUACGUCCAGCAGAAAUUUGGCGCUGAGUCACAUCUUGGACAUGUGGUCAGCUCUGAUCAGUCGUUGUCAAACAAUUUGUUGAAACACGCUGAGCUGUUUGUUAUCCUGCAAGAGCGCAAGAAAUGAAAGCACGGCGCUGAGAUUAUUGUCAUACUGCAAGAAACAAGACAGUGAACAAUGCUAUCUUUCAACCAGCAAGAAUGCAAAAAAAUGAAACACCAGUCACCCACAUUCAAGUCACCAAACCAACUAUUCCAGGACCAAUUCAGAAUCUUCACUGAUACAGCGUCACAUUUUUCAUGUCACUGGCUGUUGCUUAUAAUAAAACACUGUG